AAAAAAAAAAAAAAAAAAAAAAAAAAAAUCAUUUUUAGACAUCAUCGCCACAUAACGAACAACCUCCCUUUUUUCUUUUUUUAAUUCUUUUCCCUUACUUUUUUCCAUCAUGAAUCAAAUUGACUUUGGCCUUAUCCUCGCACAACCAUUCUUCCUGUGCUCGCUGAUCUUGUUUGCGAUCGGCUGGUUCAUCACGUUCAUUGCAGCCUGUACCAUUGGUGCAAGUGUGCACCUGAUCUGGGUGGAUAUCUUUUACAACCUGUUCUUGCUCCUUGGUACUGCCUUGGCUGUUUCUACUCAAGCUUUGCAAAACUAUCGCCUCGUCAUUUUGACAUUCAUUGCAGGAUCCUUGUCAUUGUUGUUCCUUUGCAUUGAUGCAUCCAUCACCUUUUCCUCGGCUUGGGGUAAGGAAAAUGCGAAAUAUAAUGCUGCAGGCGCUGGUCUCAUCUUUCAAUCCUUUGUCUUGAUCUUCUGGGUCAUCUACUUUGGUGCAGAGGAGAAUUCGCUUGCAAAGCGUUCUAUCAACGGAUUCACUAUCCCUCGUACCUCGAUCUCUCAUGGUGGUCUUUUACCUAAUCAGCAUCCAGACAAUAAAACAACAGGCCACUCUUUGAACUCUGUUGUCGUCGCUCCAUCAACCUCUGCACAACCACCUCAAUAUGCCUACAGAGCUCGUGCAUUGUAUACUUAUGAUGCUAACCCCGAAGAUCGUAAUGAGCUCAGCUUCAGUAAGGGUGACGUCCUAGAGAUUGUCGAUAAUCAAGGCAAAUGGUGGCAGGCUCGUAAGCAGGAUGGCACUAUCGGUAUUGCCCCUAGCAACUACCUUCAGUUGCUUUAAAAGCACUCGUUCUAUCUUAAUGUCUUGAAAAUCUCUAAUCUGGAAUCUAUAAUUUUUAGGGAAUACGUAGAAUAAGAAUUUAAAAAGUAAAGAUUCUUAAUUGCUAAAAAAAAA